GUGCGUCCCGUAGUCGUUGUUUACCUGCCAAGCGCGUCGUAUCGGUCGUCUAUCGCCACUUUGCCGGAAAAAGAAAGCACGGAAAACGCCCCACGCGACUUGGUGAGCAGGGGCAUUAGAACAGCACGCGGUCGGUUGACGUUGCGGAACACCCGGAAUAGCUCAAAAGUGCGUCUAAAAAUUUGGGGAGGGAAGCAGACAGCAAGCUCAAGCUCUACCGAAACGGGGAAAGGGGCGUCGUACGAAAAGCCAUCUGAUUAGAGCGCUCGCACGUGUGUGUGUGUUUGUGUGUGAGUGCGUGUGUAUGUGUGCACAGCCGUAUUUUUUCCCGCCGUCCUCUUUGCCUGUUCUGUUCGGUCAAGCUCACACAGCCUCACUUCCGGUUCCAGAACACGGGGUAAUUGAUCUCUCACUCGGUCUUUCUCUCCCUCUCUCUUGCUCCUUUGGUGUGUUGCCGACCGCGAAUGUAGGGCGCCAGAUGAUUGCACCAGUGUUGCCAGUGAUAUUGCAGCCGUGGUAGAAGAAAAACGUUCACCUUGAAGCAUCAAAAAGCUCGUGGGUGGGCUGCAGGCACUUGCCAACAGAAAAACACCUCCAACGGCACACACAUAUACACAGUGAGAGAUUGAGUGAGAGAGGGAGGACCCAUGGUGGUGCCAUCUACGCAUCGAUCGGAAGCAUAACUCGUACUCUCCCCGGCAUUGGGAAGCAAUCAUGCCAAGUACAUAGCGUGACAUAGAAACACAUUGUGGAGCAUUGAGAAAAAGGGUUUUUUUUUUGGCAAUCCGUGUGAAUUUGUGAGUGUUGAGAAGUUGAAAGAGGGAAACUUCGGAAGCGUCCCAGCAGCAGCAGCAGCAGCAGCAGAAGCUGCAGGCCUACCAAGGAAACCAAAGGAAAACAACACAACAAACACCCAUAACAACCAAGGCCGAAUCAAACCGCUUCUCGAUGCCAUACAUUCUCAUCCGCGGUAAUCUUGCGUCCUACGGUCACAAGCAUCCCUUCCGCGUGCUAGUUUCCGGCCUGAAAGCGGCCGACAUCGAGCAGCUGAACCGUUUCCCGUGCGGUGGGUACAGCGAUGAGUCCACCGUCGUCUAUCUGCAGCAUCCGUGCGUAAUGCUGACGGCACUGGAGGUACUCGGCUAUAGGGUCGUUGCGUCCUCGUCCACGGCCGUGAAGCAAGACUACAACGAGUACAUGUGGACGAUGCGGAAGGAGUUCAGCGAUCCUGAACCGUACCUCAGCGAAACGUCCUCGGCCGUGAUCGAGCGCGACAAUCUGGCCAACAGUGGCCGGGAGGGUGGCAGCUUUAACGGUGGGAACAGCAAAAUCGAUCUGCCCGAGUAGG